GGGGAGAAGGGGGUUAAGGCAGGAUUUGAGCUGUAGUUUAUGUGACUUCCAGCCUGACCCAAUGGCAGGGGGUGUCAUAGGCUCCUAGGGGGUCUCCACGAGAGGCUCUUUCGUAAGAACUGUGAUACAGGGUUUAGGGUUGCCUCAGUGGCACCCCCACCUCCACCCAGUGGUGUCUUGUCCAGAGUGGUCCCUCACUGCUGGUGGAAGGUAGGUGGGUCCUGGGCCGUCACCCCACCCACACAUGGCUCCUGUCCUCUCUGCCCAGCCUUUCAUUCCAGUCCCCGUGUUCCCCUCCUCCACCCCAACAACUGGUUCUUUCUUCCCUGGUCCCUAGAGGCCUCCAGCAGCUUAACUUGGCCCCCAGUUUCAGCAGCGGGGGUGGGGAGGGCACACCUGAGCUGAACUAGAAGUGGAGGAUGGUUUUCUAGGCCGUUGCCUGGGUGAUGCCACCUGAGCUGGGUGCCAGGCACCUGUUGCCCAGGGAACAGUGCGGCGGCCCUCCCUUGGGUGCACCAGGGCCACUGGGCUGAGACAGGAGACAGAUCAGAUUCCAGAGAGUCCUGGCCAGGCAGGGGGACAGGCAGGAGUGUGCGAUACAGGGGAAGCUGGGGUGCAUUUGCAUCAGAAACAGAAUGGGGGACAGGAGGGGUGCUGGAAGAUGAGGCGGCUCAGGAAAGCAGCCGAGCCCCCAUACCCCAUCCUGACCAAGUUACUUUUUUACCAUGCCCCCAUCCUUACUCUCCGGCUGGUCCUCCAUGUCCCCAUUCCUUUGUUCCUGCAUUUCCACUUGCACCGAUCUUCUUUCUCACCCAUUCCUUCCUAUUCAUGGCACCCCCACAUUGCCCCUGAGGCCCUCCAUCUUGCCCCUGCCCCUGCCCCCGCAGCUCUGGCUGUCCCAGUGGUGCACUCGCUCCUCCCCUGCCUCAGCCUUAAAACCCCGCCUGCAGCAGGGAGCCAGCCGAGUCCUGGGUGGCGCUCACCACGGGCGGUCAGCUUUCCGCUCCAUUGGUGGGUCAGACAGGCAGAGGCUAGGAUCUGACUGCGCGGUGGCAGGACCAGAAGUCCUGGGCAUCUGAUGGGUGACGGGACCCUUGAGAGGACACCAGCUACUCGGCUACUGGCUGAGCAGGACCGUGAGAUUCAUUUCUGUUCAUCGAAUAUCGGAGACACAGCUGUGAGAGGCCCACAGAUGUGAGGACUCCCCUGGCGGGGACACCGACGCCCUCCCACUGUGCACCGAGCACCACCCCCGACUUGGCUCUGAGUCAACCAGGCUUCCCAGGGUUGAGAAGACCUAACUGAAGGGCAGAUGGCUUCCACUGGCCUAGAACUCCUGGGCAUGACCCUGGCCGUGCUGGGCUGGCUGGGGACGGUGGUGUCCUGCGCCCUGCCCCUGUGGAAGGUGACUGCCUUCAUCGGCAACAGCAUAGUGGUGGCCCAGGUGGUGUGGGAGGGGCUGUGGAUGUCCUGCGUGGUGCAGAGCACCGGCCAGAUGCAGUGCAAGGUGUACGACUCGCUGCUGGCGCUGCCCCAGGACCUGCAGGCUGCCCGGGCUCUCUGCAUCGUUGCCCUCCUGCUGGCCCUGUUCGGCCUGCUGGUGGCCAUCACAGGAGCGCAGUGCACCACCUGCGUGGAGGAUGAGGGCGCCAAAGCGCGCAUUGUGCUCACCGCGGGAGUCGUCCUCCUCCUCUCGGGCAUCCUGGUCCUCAUCCCCGUCUGCUGGACGGCCCACGCCAUCAUCCAGGACUUCUACAACCCCCUGGUGGCCGAGGCCCUCAAGCGGGAGCUGGGGGCCUCUCUCUACCUGGGCUGGGCAGCAGCCGCCCUGCUUAUGCUAGGUGGGGCUCUCCUCUGCUGCACAUGCCCCCCGCCCCAGAUCGACCGGCCCCGAGGACCGAGACUGGGCUACUCCAUCCCCUCUCGAUCGGGCGCAUCAGGUUUGGACAAGAAGGACUACGUAUGAGGUGGAGGGAGGCCCGGAAGCCUGUUGCUCAGAGCCUUCAUCUUGUACUGGAUGCCGCACCCUAGCCCUUACCUUUCAGUCAGCCCCUCUCCCAGGUGAAGCCACAUUCCAGAAGUUCCAGCCAGGUCUGGCUGCAGGGCUCACCUCAGCUGGCCCAGCUGGGUCCAGCCCCUCCUCAGAGGGGUCCCAACUGUCCUGCCCCCAUUUCCACACAGGCAGGGCCAGAGCUGAGGGGCACAUUGGCCUGCCCCUGCCUGUCUCUUCCCAAGUUGUUUUCUACUGUCCAGGACUCAGGCUAGCCUCCAUUCUCUUCCUGAGGCCUCCCUGCUUGGGCAUCCUGGGCCUCACAAGGGCAGUAGCUCCAGGCCUGAAAACGGAGCGGUCAUGCUCUCCCUGCCCUGGAGCUGGUCUCCUCCAGCCUGGCCACCACCUGCAUCCAGAGAGGCCAGAACUGGAGGCCCAGCCCAUCAUGCUACCCUACCCUCACCUUCGAAGUCAGGAAUAAAGAGCAUUUGUAUCU